AAAAAAAAAAAGAAAAGAUAAAGGAGAAAUUUUUUUCAUGGCAUCCACGGAGAUGUCAGAAUUAUCGAGAGGGGAGUCCGUAAAAUGGAUUCUUGAGAAAAUAGAUAUUGAUAGCAUGUCGGAGGUACCGAUUUUGGGAGAAGGGCAAGCAGGACCCGCUUCGAAAGAGGGAUAUUUGAAGAGAAAAACUAGCAGCAUAAUGAAGAGGAACCGGGUUCAAGAUUCGGGUCCUAAAAUGGGUAGGACCGAAUCCACUGCGGCCAAGGGUUUGAUGAGCCUCCGGUUUCUCGAUCGAACGAGGACCGGGAAAGAAGAGGAUGCUUGGAAGGCGAUCGAGAAGCGGUUCAAUCAGAAUUCCGUUGACGGAAUGUUGUUUAAGGACAAAUUUGGGGUCUGCAUUGGGAUGGGAGACAGCAAAGAAUUUGCCGGGGAGUUGUUCGAGGCUUUGGCGAGACGAAGGAAUAUCGUGGCGGAAAACGGGAUAAAUAUCGAACAAGUUAGGGAAUUUUGGGAAGACAUGACUAACAAUGACUUGGAUACUAGGCUUCAGAUUUUCUUUGACAUGUGUGACAAGAAUGGUGAUGGGCAGUUAUCAGAAGAUGAGGUUAAUCAGGUUUUAGUAAUGAGUGCCUCAGCAAACAAGCUGUCCAAAUUCAAGCAAGAAGCUUCAACAUAUGCUUCUUUAAUCAUGGAAGAGCUUGAUCCUGAUCAUCAAGGAUACAUAGAGAUGUGGCAACUCGAAACACUGUUGAGAGGAAUGGUGACCUCGAACGAAGGCAAAAAGCCGUCGGAAAAAACCGGAACACUCGCAAGAACCAUGAUCCCUAAGGAAUACAGAACCCCAAUCAGCAAAUUCUUCUCCAAAAACACCGAAAGAUUCUACGAGAAUCGUAGGAGAAUCUUUGUCCUCGUUUUUUGGACGUUCGUAACACUCUCCCUAUUUUCUUGGAAGUUCUACCAAUACAAGCAACGGGCCGCUUUUCGAGUCAUGGGAUAUUGUCUCUGCUUCGCCAAAGCCGCAGCCGAAACUAUAAAAUUCAACAUGGCCCUUAUUCUAUUACCCGUCUGCCGAAGAACCCUUACAAAGCUUCGAGAAACUUUCCUCGGGAUGAUUAUACCCUUCGACGACAACAUUAAUUUCCACAAGCUCAUCGCCAUCGAGAUUCUACUAGGGACAGCUGUCCACAUAAUCAUGCACAUGAGCUGCAAUAUCGUGAGACUCACAACGUGCCCGAAGGACCAGUUCGACGCUAUUUUCGGACCGGCUUUUCAUUACAAGCAGCCGACUUACUUGGGUGUGGUGGGGACCACCGUCGGAGUUACCGGUGUUUUAAUGACUAUUUUAAUGAUUUUCUCGUUCACACUCGCGACGCAUUCGUUUAGGAGGAACGUGGUUAAAUUGCCGUGGCCGUUUCACCAUUUGGCCGGGUUUAAUUCGUUUUGGUACGCUCAUCAUUUAUUGGCUAUUGUUUAUGUGCUCUUGAUCAUACAUGGCUACUUCAUAUACCUCACUCGAGAAUGGUACAAAAAAACGACGUGGAUGUACAUUGCGGUACCGGUGCUGGCCUACACGAGUGAGAGAAUACUUACGCUUUACGAUCGUAACUACAAAGUUGACAUUAUUAAGGCUGUUAUAUACACGGGGAACGUGUUAGCGCUGUACAUGAGUAAGCCGCCGGGAUUCAAGUACAAGAGUGGGAUGUACCUUUUCGUCAAGUGUCCCGAUAUUUCAAGUUUCGAGUGGCAUCCGUUUUCCAUCACUUCUGCACCAGACGACGAUUAUCUAAGUGUUCAUAUACGUACAUUGGGCGACUGGACUACAGAGCUUCGAACCCAAUUCGCAAAGGCAUGUGAACCUCAAUGCACACAACCAAGAAGGGGAAAUCUAGUGAGAAUGGAAACCAAGGCAUAUUCGGACACUCGACAAGAGUUCCCGAGUAUCUUGAUUAAAGGGCCAUACGGAGCGCCAGCUCAGAAUUACAAGAAAUACGACAUUCUCUUGCUCGUCGGAUUGGGAAUUGGUGCCACGCCAUUUAUUAGCAUUAUUAAAGACAUAGUGAACAACGAGUCUGUGCUAACGGAUGAUCUAGGUGGCGAUAAGAAAGGUCCGGAAAGAGCGUAUUUCUAUUGGGUGACGAGGGAACAAGGAUCUUUCGAUUGGUUUAAAGGGGUUAUGGACGACAUUGCAGAAUACGAUCAUAACCAUAUUAUAGAAAUGCACAACUAUUUGACAAGUGUGUACGAGGAGGGAGAUGCCAGGUCAGCCCUAAUAGCAAUGGUGCAGUCACUGCAACACGCGAAAAACGGGGUGGACGUUGUCUCGGAAAGUAGGAUACGGACACAUUUCGCACGGCCCAAUUGGAGGAAAGUUUUCGGCCAUUUAGCGAGCGUACAUCCUUCGACUCGGAUCGGUGUUUUCUACUGUGGAAGUCCGACGUUAACGAAACCGCUAAAAAGGCUGUGUCAGGAGUUCACGAUGAACACGUCUACACGGUUCCAGUUUCACAAGGAAAACUUCUAGAAGAAUGCAUUG